CCCGAACAGUUUCGGCUGAACUGUUGAUGCGUUGCGGUGUGUUUUUACGUUGGUCCGCAAUUGUAUGAUUUUCGAACUUUAGUGCAUUUGCUUUUGGUUUUUUAUCAACCUGUAUAAAUCUUCGGUUUAUGAUUGAUAUCGUGCUGUGUAAAAAAGAACAGAACUGAUUAGCUCAUGUUGUGUAUGUGCAUUGCAUUAUUGAAAGAUUUCCUUAACUCAAGAAACGUUAGCAUAACAGAGGAAAAUUAUUUUAUUUUUCCGACGCAAGGAUUACGUCACGGUUGGGAAACGAUUUCCAGCGAGGGAUUUAUAUGAAAAAGUAGUGAAAAAGUGUGCUCCACUUGGAAAGUAAUAAAGUUCAUUCCGGAAAACGGAAAGUAGCAUACGCGGAAAUUUAUGUGGAAAUUGAUUAACAUACACACAGUAAUUGAAUGAAUCAGUGAGUGUUUAACAUAUGUGGAUUAGCUAUUACUGUAGAGAAAAAAUUCUCCCAGUGUUGUUUAGAUGUGUGCACGAUUCUACAUAUGUGGGAAUGUAAUAUGGAAGAAUAAGCAUCCCAAUUCUCUUUAGUAACUUGCCCAAAGUUUGUCAGCAAAAACAAAACACACGAAACAUGUCGUAAAUUACAUCACUAGAAAACCAUCACUUUUCCUCCAGUGAUACCGGCAUUAUCGAUUAUUUCUUUCGUGAUCGGAGAGAAUAAGAACAAGCAUCCGAUCGAUCGAGCGUGCCAUAAUUGAUGAUUUGACAGUUCGCAGCUUCAAGGCAACGAGCAACACAAAGUUUCGGACGUCCGGAGGUUUGCCUCGCGGGGACUAUUAUUUAUCGGACUUCUGAACUCUCGCCAACACUGGAGAGACAAAAGCGAAAUCUGCCAAAAACAAAAGCCCAGCCUCCACGGGCACGGGGUGAAACGACCGAGACGAUCGAAACGAUCAGACCGAGUAGGUCUUCAACGCGAAGGCCCCGGGAGGUGUAGCAAAGAAGAACCGAUUCUUACCUUGACUGGUAGUCGGGACCCAGGCCGGUCGUUUCGGUGCUUGAGGAGCCCAGCCAAACGUGCAAGACUACGAGAGAAACAAAGACGAAGGAGGCAUACGCAGAUCCCGAGACGCUCGAGGUAGCUCCAGACAUGGCGCCGAAAUCGAGAAGAAAGAAGGCAAAUGCACGUGCACUUCAGUGUUACUGCGAAGGACAUUGCCCGGGAAAUCUACAGAAUGGAACUUGUGAAACUAGACCUGGUGGAUCUUGCUUUGCUGCCGUGGAAGAGGUCACAGAUGAAGAUACUGGACUGAAGGUACCGGAAUGGAGCCACGGAUGUAUGCCACCGGAACAGAACGGUGGUUUGCUACAGUGCAAGGUCGGUGUCCAAUCUCCGCAAAUCCAUGGCAAAUCGAUCGUAUGCUGCGACAACGAAGAUUUCUGUAACAAAGACCUGCUUCCAGAGUACGUACCGAAGACGACCACCCCGCCUCCGAUGGCAAACGUGAACGACACCAGCAUACACACCUUGGCUCUACUGGCAUCGGUGAUAAUCUGUUCGGUUGCCUUUGUGGUGGUAUCCAUUGCUGUCUUCGUAACGUACAAGAAACGUGAAAAAAGGAAACCUCACUGCCUGAUGGAUUCGGUGUGUAAUCCGAACAUUUCCCCGUUGGCCGAUUUGGUGGAACAAAGCAGUGGGUCGGGCUCGGGUUUGCCAUUGCUGGUGCAACGAACAAUUGCCAAACAAAUUCAAAUGGUACACUCCGUCGGUAAGGGACGAUACGGCGAGGUUUGGCUAGCUAAAUGGCGUGAUGAAAAAGUUGCUGUCAAAAUUUUCCUAACCACCGAAGAAGCAUCCUGGUUCCGGGAAACAGAAAUCUAUCAGACUGUGCUCAUGAGGCACGAAAACAUACUCGGUUUUAUCGCUGCGGAUAUUAAGGGAACCGGAACGUGGACGCAAAUGUUGCUCAUUACAGACUAUCACGAAUUAGGAAGUUUGUACGAUUAUCUUCAAAAACGAGUACUUAAUCCACAUAUGCUAAAGACGUUAGCUCUAUCACUGUCCUCUGGGUUAGCACACCUGCAUACGGAGAUUUUCGGUACACCUGGAAAACCGGCGAUCGCUCAUAGAGACAUCAAAAGUAAGAACAUCUUGGUCAAACGCAAUGGCCAAUGUGCAAUCGCUGAUUUCGGUCUUGCCGUAAAGUACUCCAGCGAAUCAGAUGAAAUACAGAUUGCUCCCAACACUCGUGUCGGUACGCGUCGUUACAUGGCACCGGAAGCUUUGAACGAAACACUGGACACGAAAAUUUUCGAAGGUUUCAAGCAGGCAGACAUGUACUCGCUCGGCUUGGUAUUUUGGGAAAUGGCACGCCGCUGUAUCAGCACAAUUCGGGGAACAAAGAAUACCACGUGUGAAGAUUACGCUCUGCCCUAUCAGGAUGUAGUUCCAUCUGAUCCCAGUUUCGAGGACAUGUACGCAGUUGUUUGCGUCAAGGGAGUUCGACCCCCGAUUCCUCAGCGAUGGCAGGAUGAAGAAAUUCUCGUAGUAUUAUCCAAGAUGAUGCAGGAAUGCUGGCAUCCGAAUCCGGCUGUUCGAUUAACGGCUUUGCGGGUAAAGAAGACGCUCGUCAAACUGGAGACGGAUUGCUCGAUUAAGAUAGUAUAGACAGGGGUCUGAGCGUAUAUGUACGUGUGAAUGUGUGUUAGUAUAUGAGUGCGAUAGAGUAACCCCGCUUAGACAUUUAGGAGUUUUUAUUUAUUCUAAAUUGUUUUACUUCGCCAAUAAGUUUUUUUUAUAAAAUUGUAAGCUAAGAUUCUACAGCAAAGCACUAGUUGCAAACUCCCACGAAAUGAAGCACUGUUGAAAUACUAGAAACAAAUCGAGAUGCCAUAAUACGGACUUAAAUGUUGUCUUACAUAAAAUAAAGAGUUAUUUUAGAUAGAACAUUUCCAAUGGCACAGAAGGCUCUAGAUUCGAGGGCCCUAACUGUAAAUAGCAAUCUCUUUUCUUUAUGUUUCACGUUCCAUAGCCAAAAUACUUUACUGUUCUCGGCUAGCAAAAAAAAACGAACUUCCCUUAGUUCUUAGUAGCUUUAAUUAUUGUGAAGCAGAUAGAAUGCCAUAUAGUUGUAAAGCAAGGAUUUCACCAAAAUAAUUAAUGCGAGUUUAUAUUUGAUGCAUUGAACAGAUAGACAGAACUCUAAGCUCUUUGACUAGAAAAAAAUAACAGAUGCCUUCAUUUUAACUCGAUCGACUGAUAGAUAUUCAUAAUUUGAUGAAUAUGGCAUUUCGCCAUGAAAAAUUCAGUUCAUCAAGACAUGCCUUGUGAUUGAAUUGAAAAGAUUGCAAACUUGAACAUUGCGAAAGAUGUCUCCCUAAUAAUAUAACUAAUUUCACAAACAAGAAAUAGCAAAUUUACCCUUAUUUUUAAGGGAGUCUAUGACUUUUACCGUAUAUGAAAUCACAACAGAUUGAAAUAUAAGCUUCUGGUUAUGUUUCUAACGGAAACAUUCAUGAAAGCUAAUAACCAUAAACAACUCAAUGCAUUGUACAGUUCUUAGCAGUUACUGGAUUGCGUAGGUUCACUCUACUUUGAUAAGAUUUCCAUUUGUUGCUGUAGUUUAUUUAGACCUAAACCUAACUUUUAGUGGAAGCUAUCUUUACGCUUUUGUAAAUAGACAAACGUGUUUGUAACGGUUAAAACUACGACUAUUGAAAAGAAAUCAAGUUUUAUAUACUUUUGUAAAGCUGAAUCGUACGAUGUUUUUUCAUCGUCGUGAAUACAAACGUUAAAAUAAAUAUUUUUCGACGCUAGUUUUAGAUAAAUGUAAAUCCUUAAGGUCUUCAGAACCGAAAAAAAGAAAUGAGUCGUGAGCUAUUAUAUUGAAGAUUGUAUGUUAACAAUAAAAAUUAUUUUAAAAGUGAAA